GAACUAAUACCAAAACAGGCGGUAGCGUUUCCCUGCCGGACGGGUUUCCGAAGCGGACCGCCAGCUGUCAAAAACAAAACUCUUCCGUCUGUCAGAUCUGGACAGAGUUCAACCAGUUUCUCUUUUGAACUGAGGUUGCACUGUGUUUUAAGUACGCGAAUACAGUAGUUAUGCGGUAUUCACAACAUCAUUUUUGCUAGUUUUUGGACUGUAUUCACUUUUACAUCGGAUUUCGUCAUCAAACAUGGAGAAAUUUGAAGGCUACAUCUUCACGGCGCUCUGCAGCACCAACUUUUUGGUUUCCUGCCUGCUGUUCUCCAGAGUCACUCGGGAGCAGAGGGAGCCCUACAUGGACGAGGUUUUUCACAUCCCACAAGCUCAGAAAUACUGCCAUGGGAAAUUCAACGAGUGGGACCCGAUGAUCACCACUCUCCCCGGCCUUUACCUCGUCUCUGUGGGAGUCAUCAAGCCCGUGGUGUGGCUCGCCGACCUGACAGGCCAGGUGGUGUGCUCCACGGCGAUGCUGCGCUUCAUCAACCUGCUGUUCAACUGCGGCAACCUUUACCUGCUCUAUCUGCUCAUCUGCAAACUGCACCUCAGGGAGAAGACACGAACAACCUCCCGCCGAGUCCUCUCAGCGCUGUCUCUAUCCACCUUUCCUGUGCUCUACUUCUUCAACUUCCUCUACUACACCGACGCUGGAUCUACUUUCUUCACCCUCUUCACCUACCUCAUGACGCUCUACGGCUGCCACAAGGCCUCAGCGCUCCUCGGCGUCUGCUCCAUCCUGUUCCGUCAGACCAACAUCAUCUGGGUGGCGUUCUGCGCCGGAACGUUGGUGGCCGCAAAGAUGGACGAGGCGUGGCGGGUGGAGCACACGAAGAAGAGGGAUGAGAAGUCUCCUCCGUCGCAGGUCCCUUUGUCGUUCAGCGGAGUGAAGAAGGUGAUGCUCUUCACGCUGGAGUUCUUCACCUCAGCCACUCAUGUGAAGGCGGUGCUGCUGGUGGCGUGGCCUUAUGCGGUGGUCGCCGUGAGCUUCCUGGCGUUCAUGUUGCUGAACGAUGGGAUCGUGGUGGGUGACAGGACGAGCCACGAGGCCUCCCUCAACUUCCCACAGCUCUUCUAUUUCUUCUCCUUCACCCUCUUCUUCUCCCUCCCCGUUUCGCUUUGCUAUCACCGCGCUCUUCGCUUCCUCCAGGCUCUGAAAAAGCAGCCUCUGUUCUUCCUCUUCGUCACGGGCCUCUGCGUGCUUCUGGUGUGGAAGUUCACCUUCGUCCACAAGUACCUCCUGGCAGAUAACCGCCACUUCCCCUUCUACGUGUGGAAAAGGAUUUUCCAGAGGCACGAGCUGAUGCGCUUCCUCCUCGUCCCCGCGUACGUGUUCGCAGGGUGGAACUUUCUGGACUCCUUCAAGACGCGCUCGCUGUUCUGGAGCUUGGCGUUCCUGGCGUGCCUCCUGGCUGCGACAGUGCCCCAGAAGCUGCUGGAGUUCAGGUACUUCAUCAUCCCGUACCUGAUGUACCGCCUGCACAUGCCGCUCCCCUCUCUGCCCAGACUCACUGUGGAGUUCUUCCUGUACACGGCGGUCAACGCUGCCACGCUUUACAUCUUCAUCAGUAAGACCUUCCACUGGCCGGACAGCACGGCCACUCAGAGGUUCAUGUGGUGAACAACGGGGAAAAGUUCCUGAUGUCAGGAGACUCGAGCAGCAUGUCGGUUUUAAAAAGAUUUCCCAGAGAACCGCAGCACAUGUGACGUCUCACAGAUCAAAGAUCGGCUGUCUUACAGCUCAGUUACACAAAUGGCUCAUGUCUUGACCAUUUUUGUACAAUGUAAUCAAAUGGUGUUCGGGUUCGUCAUAACUUACACUGAGAAUCAAUAUUGAUCGUUUUAUGUGACAGGUGGACAGGUGGAAAUCAAAAACCAUGUAAUCCUGAGUGUUUUUUAGGGUUGACUUAAGCUGUUUGUUUUCAAUGACAAAGACCAUAAAACCCUGAAGCAGCAGGGCUGUAAAUUUAACUGUGAAUAACACAAAAGGACCAAAAGUAUUCUAUGGAAGUCCAUAUCCACCAGUAAAUUAGAUAAUUUUAAAAAAUGGUUGAAAACUCAGCUGUGUGAUGAAAAAUAAGAUCCUGUAGGUCAUUUUAAUGAGAAACUUUCUGAAAAUAUCCACUUACUUAUUUUGAGAAAACUCAUUUGAGAAAGUUUGCGAUUAUUUUGAGGUAACAUAUUAUUUUGAGAAAGUUUCUAAUUAUUUAUCAAUAAUGUCUCGUUAUUUUCAGAUAAGUACUCUUUUUUUUUUUCCGAUGUUGCAGUUCUGAGAUAAGAACUCUUGACUUUGGGAUGUUUAGCGAUUAUUUUGAGAUAUUUUUUUCAUGUCAUUUCAAGAAAAUAUAUUUUUCUGGCUUACAGGAUCCUUUAUUUCAUCACAUCAAUGAAAAAGGCCUUCAAUAGAAAAUUAAUUUACUCAAAGGUUUAAAGGUUUUGGCUUUGACAAUUCAGUGGUGUUAUCAGUGUUGUAAAAUCUGGUCUGAAUCAUUUCUAAUCAUCUAAAUUGAUGAGAAUACUGUAUAUUAAAGCUGUUUCUACUGUACUGAAAUUUCCGGUUGAGAUGCUGAUCCUCUGCAGGGUAGAAAAAUAAUCACGUAAUUUUGACAUUUUCUGCAAGUUUCUGGGAAUUGUGGAGCCUGGGUGUGUGUGUGGUUUUCUAAUGGCUCUAACUGUUUUGUACUUUAAAUGUAAAUACUGUCUGCAGUUUGACUUUUGGUGAAAUUGUUGACACAAGCUGUAAAUAUGAUUUGAAGAGACCAAAUAAUGACAGCCAUAUUGUAAAGUUCAGAAUUUUUAUGGUACGGGGUGUUUUUGUAACGGUUUAGAUUUUUGCUUUUGGCCCGUGAAGAACACUGAUGGACAAAUUGGACCCACAGACGACUUUAUAAUCAUGGGACUAAAUUGAAUAUAUUCAAUUUAUAUUGAUUCUUACUUUUACCAAGCCAUAAAAAUCCACUGGAGGUGAAUCAGAAUUAUGUUUUUUUGUGUCAUUAAGUUGUAGGUACCUCCUCUCCGUCAGCCCUUUUCAUUGUGCCUGAUUUGUUUGUGUUUUUCCACAUUUGCUUUUCUAUAUAGAUACAUAAGAUUCAAUCAAGGAGUCGACCUGUCCAUUCAGAUGUAUGUUGCUCCCUGUUGAUACAGUCUUGUGUAUACCUUUUGAAUAAAUUUACUCAUACAAUAUGAA